AUGCCUGAAGACAUGCAUCUUUUAAUUGUUUCGAAAGUAAGCUCCACCUCCCCCAUCGACUACUUCAAUACAAUCAUCACCUGCAAAAGCCUCGGCUUCAGUUCUGAGAACUUCUCUGUUGCCAACGAUCUCAACCUCUCGCGUUUGGUAAAGAAGCCUGCUCUAGCUAACAAGUACAAAACGUUGGUGGAAACCUGCAUCAAAGCCAACAAUGUUGAUGCUCACUUUGUUAAAGGUAUGCUUGAAUACUUCCAAUCUCAAAAUCAGAUCCUAGGUCAACAUCACAUCCACACAGCCUCAGAGGGUGGUCACCUCCAAGGAAGGUAUGUUUAUGGGGUUCUUCUGAUGGCCAUCGGCCAGACUGAGAAAGGGGUUAAAAUAAUCAACAAAAGCAAGGAUAUCUAUGUGAGCUCAAUUCUUAAGAUGUGGCCAGAUCUGAACUGCCAUUCUCAAGAGGAAGUGGACAACACAGUCUGCGCCAACUGUUUCCACUUCUUUUUGCUGACCAAGUUCUACAAGAUGAUGCUGGGUUUCAAUGAUCUCCAGGAUUAA